CACCAUCAUCAACUUUAAACCUUAGAAACCCUAAGGCCUUUCUUCUCUAGCACUCCACAAAAACUUGCUUUUGUGCCUCUUCUGCAUGGCCAAGCCUGGAAUUGCAAAAGCAAAGAUGCUAAUUCUUAGGGAAGCUAGACGAAUCAAUAACCAAUUUGUUAAUCUUUCAACGACAGAACGACACUAUCAUCACUAUCAUUAUCAUCGUUAUCGAUCAGAAGAAUUGGGAGACUCGGUUAUGGAAGCGAAGACUGAGGAUGAAUCUUGUUGGUUGCCUCAUCCUCGCACCGGAAUAUACAUGCCGAAGGGCCAUGAAUGGGUGAUGGAUGAUGUGCCAGAGGGUGCAGCUUCUUUUAAUCAGACAUACUGGCUGAGGAAUGUUGAUGGUGUUGAGAGGCCUGACCCUGAUGUUCCUUCUGAUCAUUACUUGGCUAAAGAUUUCUAUUAACUAUAAUAUAUAUAUAUGUAGUACUUAAUAGCUUAAGUUACAUUACAAGCUGUGAUAGACUAUAUAAAGUCAAGGAAGGAAGAGUUUAAAUGUAAUGUUGUAACUUGCUAAAUAUAUACUGCAAGUAUUUAAAUUUCUGUAUGUAUAAAAAAUAAUAAAUAAAAUCCAUU